GGCUAAGCUAAAUGUGAUCCAUCCGCUGACCAUGAGGACUGAGCUGGUAAUCACUGCUGGUCUUCGGCCGAUGCUGUCUAUUAUAAUUGGUGUGAAUAGCGCUCCAAUAAAUGUUGUUAUUCCAAUGAGUGAUGCUAGAACAGAGAAAAUUUAUGUGCUUUGCGGUAUCGAGUGUGACCUUCAACAUGAUAUCAUAUGGUAUGGUUAUCGGAUUUAACGCAUCACUGUUCUCAGACUUGAGGAAGAGUCGAGAGAUACCUUUGGACAAGGAUUCAGAGUCAUGGUUGGCAUCACUGAUCGGGAUAACUACACUAAUAGGAUGUCUCUUCACCUCACUAAUCAUAGAUCGAAUUGGCCGCAGACCUGCACUUCUUAUCAGCUCAAUACUCAUAGUCAUCGGUUGGAUAACAUUCAGCUUGGCCUCAUCAUUUCCAGCCUUAUUAAUGGCGAAGAUAUCUCAAGGAAUGUCUAUCGGUCUUGGGACCACAAUGGGCGGUAUUUUGAUUGCAGAAUACAGCAGUCCCAAAUACCGUGGAUCUUUUAUCGCGACGAUACCUGCUGCGAUCUUAGUUGGUAUUUUAGCUUCACACUCACUUGGCUUGUUUUACAACUGGUUUCAAAUUGCGAUAAUCCUUUUGUUUUGUUCUUUACCCGGAUUGAUAAUUGCUGUAUUUACACCGGAAUCACCGACUUUUCUGGCAACUAAAGGACGUUACGAUGAAUGCAGAAAGGUUUUCCGCUGGCUGAGGGGUUCAGAGGAUGAUGACGAGCUGGAGAAAAUGAUCGAAGCCGAUAUGAUCGUUAAAGAAGCCAAGAAAAGUUGUAGAAAUAACGUGUCAAAACUAAUUAAGCAAAAUUUAAUGUAUUUUAUCACGUCGUUCAAAAAGCGCGAAUUUUACAUUCCAGUAUUUAUAGUGAUACAUUUGAAUGCCAUUAAAGAAUUUUCUGGUGCUAUUGUCCACGAUUCGUAUCCUAUGGAUAUUUACACAGCAUUAUAUGGUACAGAUAUUUACAUGUUCAAAGUAAUCGCAUCGUUGGAUUUGCAAAAAAUAUUCGCUACUUUUUUAACAAUUUAUUUAACGUCUGGAAUAAGAAGGCGUCCACUCUACCUCACGCUUGUAGGACUGAAUAUACUAUCGUUGCUGUGUGAGGCCGGAUACAUAUACGCUAGGCGUCACAAUCUUCUACCUUUUGACCAUAUAGCUAUUGUGAUAUGUUUGCAACAUUUCCAUAUGUUCACCAGCGGAGUUGGCGCUACUUCUUUAACCGCAAUAAUUAGUAAUGAAUUAUAUCCAAUGCAAAAUAGGGGUUUGUGUGGGAUGAUUUGUAGUGCAAUUCUCUCAAUUUACAUGUUUGUAAACAUCAAGUCCGCGCCGUAUCUAUUCUCUCUGAUUGGUGUAGAUGGAACGUUUUGUGUCUAUGCAGUGCUGCUGCUUUAUAGCCUGGUCGUGUCUUAUUAUAUGGUACCAGAAACUAAAGAUAAGACUCUUCAAGAAAUAGAAGAUAAACUCAGAGGAUAUUCUAUAGCUCGUCGUGGUGAAACUUUGAAAUUAAAAGACGCUGAGCUGUGAGGAAGUCAAGCUAAAAGUAUCCGAUCCAUAUUUCUUUUAAAAAUUGUAAUCAUGAAUAUCAUAUACUGUAAUUUUAUACUUUUAUCAAAUAUGAGAAUUAGUUGAAAUAUCUGUUAUGUUAUCGGCUCACCAUAUUGAUUGUCGAACAACAUUCCUUUCUUUCCGUUAAUUCUUUUCAUUGUGUGGCUUUAAUGGUUCAUCUUCUCUCUGGGUAUCGUGAGGUGUGUCCAACCCCUUUUCAUUUAAGUAAGAGUGCGUGCCUGAGAGCAUCGGUGAGCUUAUUUUUUUUGACGAAUGUUUUCGCAAUUUUGUUUUUUAAAGUAUUCUUCUGAUUUUUAAUAUACUUUUUGACUGCA